AAAUGUAACUCACAAGCCACACAUCAAAUACAAACACAACACAACAAUAAGCACCAAGAACGUUUUCAUCAACUCUCUCCAUUGCUCUCUCUCCUGUGAGUUUCAUAUCCAAAAGAAUACUAAAGCAAUAAUGGAGGCAAUGAAGAUGAAGCUUUUCGUGGCGGUUUUGGUUGCGAUGAUGGCGUUCUCUAUGGUUCAGCAGACGGUUGCAGCGGUUGACGCUCCGGCGCCGAGCCCUACCUCGGAUGCUUCCUCGUUUAUCCCUACUUUCUUGGCCUCCGUAGCGGUGAUGGCCUUUGGGCUCCUCUUCUAAGAAGUUUCUUCUUUGCUUUCUUAUGUUUAAUUGAAUUUAAAAGUAAAAUCAACUGAUAUUUGAUGUUUAAGUCCGGUCUUGUUUGUCUCUUUCAGUUCUUGAUGACAUCUUGUAGUUGAUUGUUUAUGUUGGUUACCUUUGAUCUCUUUUAUGUAUCGCGUUAUUGAAUUUGACUCAUUCGAAUAUCAAUAAACAUUUAUUAUUAUUAUU